UUAAUAAAACAGCACCCGUCUAAAUAUAUAUACAUGCAUUUGAGAGUUCCCUGCCAACCUCAGCUUCUCUUCCUCUCACAUGGAGCAUCCUCUUAUUAGUGCCUCCCAGGCCAUCCUUCUGUUCUUGUUCUUGUCCUUGUCGGUCUCAAAAUUUUCCUUGGCUGCCAUACUUUCAAAUGAGACUGACAAACUUGCACUGAUUGAAUUCAAGUCCCACAUUGAUGACCCUCUCAGUGUCCUGGCUUCUUGGAAUGAGUCUUUUCAUUUCUGCCAAUGGGUUGGGGUCACCUGCGGCCACAAACACGAAAGGGUGAUUGGUUUGGACCUAAAAGACCUGAAAUUGGUUGGCACCAUAUCUCCCCACCUUGGAAAUCUUUCUUUCCUUCGAUCUCUCAACCUUUCAAGCAACUCCUUCUCUGGUGGAAUCCCAUCAGAAGUUGGUCAGUUGAUCAGGCUUCAAAAUCUGAACUUGAGUCAUAACUCAUUGGAAGGAGAAAUUCCAGUUAAUUUGUCCAACUGUUCCAACCUCCUGAAUCUUGAUCUCCAGUACAACAACCUAGUACAACAAAUCCCUUCUGAACUUGGCUUUUUGUCCAAACUUGAGAUCCUAUUUCUUGCCAACAACCACUUAACUGGAAGGUUCCCACCACCUCUGGGAAACCUGUCCUCUCUCCAACAGCUUUGGUUUAGAUAUAACAAUUUGGAGGGAGAAAUUCCAGAUACAGUAGCCAAAAUGACAAGCUUGAAAGUUUUUGAUGUUGCAAUAAAUAAUUUUUCCGGCAUUGCUCUUCCAAAUCUCCAAAUACUUUGGUGGGGAGGAAACAAAUUCACAGGAACCAUUCCAGCUUCCUUGGCCAAUGCUUCACGACUUCAACAAGUUGAUAUCCCUGGGAAUUAUUUCACAGGAAAUAUACCUAUGAGUUUUAGUAAUCUACAAAAUCUCCAUUGGCUUAAUGCAUGUACAAAUCUUCUCGGAAAUCAGUCAGUUGACGAUUUGAGUUUUCUGAGUUCUUUGACCAAUUGUAGCCAGUUAGGGACGCUCGAUGUCAGCUACAACCGGCUUGGUGGUAAGCUGCCUAACUCCAUAGCAAACCUCUCAACCCAAUUAACAGGGCUACUGCUCGGAGGGAAUUUUAUCGGUGGAAGCAUACCGACGCAGAUAUCAAAUCUAGUCAGCCUAACUCAACUUGGGCUGGAACAGAAUUUGAUAACAGGGACUAUUCCAGCUUCAAUUGGGAAGCUCUCAAACUUGAACAGACUGAACUUGGCUGCAAACAAAUUUACAGGGGAGAUCCCAUCUUCUUUUGGCAACAUGACUCAAUUGUUAGCUCUCUAUUUGUUUAAUAACAGCUUAGAAGGAAGCAUACCCACGAGUCUGGGAAGGUGUAGAUACCUGCAAGAUGUAUGCUUAUUCUAUAAUAAAUUAAAUGGCACCAUACCAGAGCAACUCCUUAGCCUUCCAGCUCUUUCUGUAGUCCUUAAUGUGUCUCAUAACUUUCUGACGGGUCCGUUGCCAUCAGAAGUAGGAAACCUGAAAUCUCUUGUUGCUUUGGAUUUAUCAUACAACAAUUUUUCCCAAGAGAUUCCAGGGCAGCUAAAGGAUUGUUUGGCGUUGGAAGUUCUUUAUAUGCAGGGGAACUUCUUUGAAGGAACCAUUCCCGAUUUAAGUGGGUUAAAAGGUAUUCAAUAUCUUGAUCUUUCCCACAACUUAUUGAUUGGCCCAAUUCCAAGCUAUAUGGUCAGUUUUUCCUCGUUGCAGAAUUUAAAUCUGUCUUUCAACAAUCUGGAGGGAGAGGUUCCAGUACAAGGGGUCUUCAGGAAUGCUACUGCAAUUGAAGUCUAUGGCAACAGCAGGCUUUGUGGGGGGAUCCAACAGCUGCAGUUGCCCACGUGCAAGCAUAGAAAGCCUGUUGCUUUUAAGUUGAUACUGGCAAUGGGCAUUGCAGCUGUUUUCUGCUUGACUUUGUUGUCUUUGAUUUCCCUUUGGUGGUUGAGAAAGUCCAAGAGGAUACGUAUUUCUGCUUCUUCUUUUGGGCGCUUUUACGAAAGGAUUUCUUAUCAAGACUUACUCAAUGCAACCGGUGGAUUCUCUGAGUGGAAUUUGAUUGGUUCAGGUCAUUUUGGUAUUGUCUAUAAAGGAAAACUUGGUCCGGACGAAACAAGUGUUGCAGUCAAGGUACUCAACCUUGAAAAGCAAGGGGCUUCAAAGGGCUUCAUUGCUGAAUGCCAAGCCUUGAGGAACAUCCGGCAUCGAAACCUCGUUAAGAUUCUUACUGCUUGCUCAAGUAUUGAUUUUGAGGGUAGAGAUUUCAAAGCUUUAGUAUAUGAGUUCAUGCCAAAUGGGAACCUGGACACGUGGUUGCAUCCAGAAGAUGGGCUCCAGCAGCAUAGAAAUUUAAGCCUUCUCCAGAGAAUGAACAUUGCAAUAGAUGUGGCUUCUGCUUUGCUUUAUCUUCAUCAUCACUGCCAAACCCCUAUUAUUCACUGUGAUCUAAAGCCAAGCAAUGUUCUUCUUGAUGAUGAUCUGACUGCUCACAUAAGUGAUUUUGGUUUGGCAAGACUCCUUUGGGAAUCCGGCAGGCAAGCUUUUCUUAAUCAAUUAAGCUCAGCCGGAAUUAGUGGAACCGUCGGUUAUGCUGCUCCAGAGUAUGGAAUGGGGGGUGAGCCGUCAACUUAUGGUGAUGUGUACAGCUUUGGGAUCCUUUUGCUGGAGAUGUUCACAGGAAGAAGACCCACAGAGGAGCUGUUCAAAGAUGACCUGACCCUUCACAACUUUGUGAAGUUGGCAUUGCCGGGACAAGUGAUGGAGAUUUUGGACCAAUCAGUUUCCAAAGAAGUAGGCGAAACAUGUUGGGCUGAAGUGACUGAAAGCUUGAUAUUGGUCUUUAACAUUGGCCUUGCAUGUUCAGCAGCAUCUCCAAAAGACAGAACGGAGAUGGGGAGAGUUGUCGUGGACUUGCUUUCAAUCAGAGACAAUCUCCAUGGGACCGGAACUCAUGAAAAGAAAAUUGAAAGCGCAGAAACAAAGACAUUCUUGACGUCAUCUAAUGGCAGCAUGUCCUGGUGAUCAAGUAGAAAUGGAAUGGAAUCUCCUACAAUUCCCGGGCCAGAUCCCUGUAAUUGUGAGAGGCCUCCAAUGGUGCUCACUUGUUUGACCACGCCGCUCUCACAAUUAUCUACCCAAUUGUAGGAGGCAGACAAUUGCAUGCAUGAGAUCUGCGGUUGUAGGAGAAUUUGAUAUUUUUUAGUUACUAAAUGCAGCAAAGUUAUUAUGCUUUUACGUACCUUUAACUAGUUUUCUUGUUGUUAUGUA